AUGCGCCUGUCCAUUUCCUGCGACAGCUGUCGACAAUCCAAGGUCAAGUGCAUCCACGAUGGCCAUCCUCCCUGCCGUCGCUGCCACCGCCUCAAUCGCGAUUCUUGCGUCCUGACCGAUCCGCGCUCUCCCGGUGUGCGCACGCCCCGAACCCCUCGCAGAGCCAGCAUCAGAAGAACCGGUUCAGGUUCAGGUUCAGCAUCAGGGAUAGGAACAGGGACAAAAACAGCGACAGACACAACGAGGACCACCGCGACGACUCCCACAGCCAGCUCGCCUGCUCCUACGCCCACUCCUUCUCAUUCCGCCAACCCCAUCGCUGCCAUCGCUCCGGCCACUCUCAUCGCAGCAUGCGACAUCUAUCGCAAGAAAUUCCCCGUCGUCAACUUCCUCCACUAUCCCUCGCUGAUCGCCGAUCUCUCCCACAAUGCCUCCGCGGUUGAACCCGUUUUUCUUUCAGCUCUACUGUCUCUAUGCGCCCGCUUCAUGCCCGACGCCGCCCUGGCUGCUCCUGAAACCUACGCCGAGUAUGCGCGCUCUCAGCUGGCCCAUCGCGCCUUCGAAGCUCCCUCCCUCUAUCUUGCACAAUCCCUUGUCAUGAUCUCGCUGUACGAAUGGGGUUCUGGUCGGCCUUAUCGCGCAUGGAUGUGCAGCGGCAUGGCCACCUACAUGAUCCAAUCCCUCCUCAAGACCGCCGAUGACACCAUGGAACAACAACCCCUUCUCGACCUGCCCGCUCAUCGCAUCACCUACGAACAGCUGGUCCGCACCUACUGGUGCUGCUUCGCGCAGGACUGCGAGCUCAGCUCCGGCGCCCGCCAACACUUUGCCCUCUCCUUCCGCCAGAUCUCCGUGCCCCUCCCCAUCAGCGAUUCCGAUUUCACCUUUGGGAAAGCCACGCCGCGCUUAAUGCCGGCGGACAUGAACCGCUCAUCCUCUCUGGCAUUGAAUCUAUCCAUCGAUCGAGGAUUGACUAUCGUCACACGGGGCUUUGACAUUUUCGUUCGCAUACUCCGAUUCGCUAAUGAGAGCCGUCGCGGUCGGGCGCAAGGAUCGGCAGGGUUGUCUCUCCGCGCGUGGGAGAUGCUCAAAGCCGAGCUGGACGAGUGGAGGGGGCUUCAGGAUGCGACGGUGCGGUAUCCCGAGACCAAUGCGCAGGCGCAUGUGGCCUUGGGGUCGGGGGAGUUGUUCGCCUAUAUCAACCUGGUGUAUUUUAUGAGUAUUCUGUUUCUCUACCGCGACCGCUUCCUCUCCACCCCCAAAUCAUUCAUCGACCAUCACGAUCCUGCCGACGACGAAGCCAUUGACCACCUCUUCACGACAGCCCAGCACAUCGGCGCUAUACUCACUGCUCUUGAGGCCUGCGCUACUCCUGUCAUCACCCCUUACGCAGGGUUCAGCGUCUUCGUCGCCGCCCAUAUCAACAUGUAUGGGACUGUCUGUCCAAGCCGGUACCCGGGGGGUCUGGCGCGCGCACAGGAAGAGAAGAAGAUGAAUCUGGAAUAUCUGGAGCGACUGUGUCGGUUCUGGGAUGUGGGAACGAGCUGGUGGCGAACCCUCCAAGAAGCCAACCGGUUUUAUGAAACAGCCCGAACCAGCGCGCAAGGACCUACGGGCGUUUCCCGCCCAGAACAUCUCACCCUAGCUGGUACCCUCGAUGAAUACGGUGAUAUUCGUGUCUCGCGACCCGAGACAGCACCUGCUUCACGGCGGCGCCCAGGAGUAUCUUCAGAGGGAGUUGGAGUGCGACGCAUGUCGGUGGCCGAGCUAACAGCGCCAGGUGGCAGUGGAAGUAGCGGUGGUAGUGGUGAAUGGGCGGAUGUGGAGGCGGAGAUGUGGCAGUGGCCGUUCCUCGAUGAGAAUUGGUCGCUGGGAUUCGACACGGGGUUUGAGUCGGCGUGGCCGGGGUUAAGUUGA